UCGCCGACCCCACUGGGGCUUCGACCGUGGACCUCACGCCCAGAAAACCUCCUCUCCCCUCCCCCACCUUGGAAGAACCUGGCAACCAGUUUCUUAUCUAUAUACCUGUAAAACAAAUCACCCGGGGAAUUUCUCAAUUUAUUAUUAGAAUCGUCAUGUGCUGGAUUCCGCUAUUUGCCUAGUACCUAUAUGCUAGAUGUCACUGCAGAAAACCUCAAUAAUCUAUUUGGAUACCACUAUUUUACUCCGUCGACCACAAGAAGAUCAGAGAGUAGGCUAUAUUUAAUUCCUCCAUGCAUGACGAGAGUUGUUAUGCAUCUAGUUGCGCGCACAUUUGAAGCAAGCCUAGGCUGGUCGUGACGUGCCGCGAUUCCUUGAAAGAAUUUGAUGUCCGCGUUGUUGUUAUAUCUUUAAAAUUGGAGCAUGGCUAGUUCUACUAAUCAAGGUCAAGGACCCUCUCCCGGACCAUCUACAGUCCCUCUAAGCCGAUUUUCACCUAGCUAUCUGCAUACCAAUUCCACGAGCCAUGCUUGGCCCUUUGGCGCCAUCGCUGAGCUUAUUGAUAAUGCGUAUGAUCCUGAUGUAAAUGCAUCUUCCAUGUAUAUUGACUAUGAGGAGAUAAAUGGAAAGCCCUGUUUAACUUUUACUGACGAUGGUAGUGGAUUGGAUGUUCCAAAAAUGCACAAGAUGUUAAGCUUUGGAUUCUCAGACAAGGAGGAGAUAAAUGGAAAAAGACCGAUAGGUGUCUAUGGAAACGGAUUCAAAUCAGGAUCGAUGCGACUUGGCAAAGAUGCUGUGGUCUUCAGUAAAAUAGAAGACAGCAUGGUCAUCGGCUUCUUGUCUCAAACCUACUUGAAAGAAAUUAAGGCUGAAGACAUUAAAGUUCCAAUCGUUCAAUUUAAUAAGAUAUCGAAGGAACAUGAGCUGUCGUUUACACACUUGAAGAAGUAUUCAAUCUUUAAAAGUGAUUCGGCUUUAAAAGAGCAGUUUGACAAAAUAUUGUCUCCAACGGGCACGAGAAUAGUUAUAUAUAAUCUCUCCCAAGAGAAAUCGUUUAAUGGACAACAUCAAGUAACAGACAGGUACGAGUUUGAUUUCAAAAAAGAUCAUACUGACAUACUGAUUGCUGGUGGUGCUCGCCCGAGAGAGAAGAGUGAGGGCUCGCUGAAAGUCUUCAGGCAACAACAUUCUGAAGAAACGCCUAAAUGUGACUAUUCAUUAAAGGCGUACUGCUCUGUGCUGUACCUUAGUCCAAAAAUUAAAAUCUACUUGCGAAAGAAGAAGGUGAGAACCGUAUUAAUUGCAAAGAGUCUUCAGGAAACCGAAAAGGAUGUGUACAGGCCUAUGGGAGGCAAUAGCAAGGUUACAAUAACAUUUGGAUUCAACCCCAAGAAAUAUCCAUAUGGUGUGUGCUUCUAUCACUUUAAUCGAUUGAUCAAGUCUUACCAGCGGUUGGGGUACCAAAUGAAAGCUGACCAUCGUGGGUCGCAGGUCGUUGGUGUGAUCGAUUGUAAUUUUCUUAAGCCAACACACAAUAAACAAGAUUUUUUUGGUGAUGCGGCUUACAGUCGAUGCCUUAAGGCUGUCGGAGAUAAGCUGAAUGACUACUGGAAUGAAAAAAGAGAAAGUGGGACAGUUGCUGGUUCUUCAAAUCAGUUUCUGGGGAAUAAGAAAGCAGACGUUCCCGAUUACACCUGGGUUCAGUGUGAUAAAUGUUCUAAAUGGCGCAAGUUACCGGACUCGGUUGAUCCCGACCAACUGCCUGAACGUUGGUUUUGCUCAAUGAACAAAGAUACUAGUCAGAAUAAUUGUAAUGUUCCACAAGAAGCGGAAGACUCUGAUGAUGAACUUACAAGACCAACGUACGAUAAAAAAUACAAGAAAAAAGAAGCUGACAAAAAACUAAAGAAAAAACUUACUGAAUCCUUAAGGAUGCUAGAAGAAAAGAAAAGAGAAGCAGCACAAAAAAAUGAGAUGCAGAAGCAGAAGGAGAAGAUAAAGAAUCUUGAAGCGCAGUUGUGCAUUAUCAUUACUUCUGAGGAAGAUGAUCCUCCUGAAAAAAAGAUGAAAUCGACAAGUGAAGAGGAGCAGAAACCGAGUUGUAGCUCAUCAAAUAAUUUCAUAAAAAUUAAACAGGAACCAGGAAUCAGUACUACUAACCAAAAAUUUACCAGUACAGAGGUGCAAACAGAUAUUUCAUUUUCUGAAGUUUCUGAAAGCGAUUCAGACUUACAAAAGCUCAUGAAAUCGGAGGAAAAGCUGAAGAACAUUCGCUGCCACGUCGCUCGGCUUUUAAAGAUGGUGGUAACCGAAGAGGGUAUGCAAGAUAUGAUAGAAAACCUACAAGGAGACAGCGUAGAUGAAAUUUUAGAAGACGUAAUGAGUUUCACAGAAUUGGAUUAGUUAUGUUUGAUGUCAGAAUCUUGUUUUCGACCAAACUGAUCUGGAGACGGUGUACUGAGAGACAGAUGAGGGGACCUAGUACAGCAUCAAGAUCAACAAAAGACUAUACCACAUUUCAGUGGCAGUUUGCUAACAAAUUUAAGAGGUAUUUAAUGGAAUGGGGGGUCCCUGUAUUUUGAUUUUUAACUGAAAAAUCCAACUUGAACCUCACAAAAAUAUUGUACAGAUUUCAUACAUUUUUUUUUUUAAAGGAUACCAAAAAUUUGGAUAUAGCAUAAAAUGCAAUACUGUGUGCAUAAAAGAAGAAAUAAGUAUAUCAUAAUUAAUAAAUAAGUUUGCUCCUUAAGUGGAUUGGAACCUGAUUCACUGCCAGAUGAUUGAUUGAUUGAUCUGCUGUGAGUACCAGUGCAAUUCAAAAUGUUACAGGAAAUACAGUAGUAGGAGCCUGGGCCUACUAAUGAUAGUUGUAGGCAUACCCUGAUAUACUCAACUGUACUCUCCCAUAAUAAUAUAUCAUAACAUGUUACAGCAUAUUCUGUAAUAUGCAUCAUCCUUUUAAUUCCAAUGAUUUUUUUUUUGCCGUAGCACCAUGAAUAGCUUGAGCGCAAUCUUUACAGUGUCAACCACGAUUGCCUCUCUUCCCCUAUAACGCUAUGUGGGUGGAAAAUCAAGGAUUUGUAAUUGUAACAAAACCUGGUAUGUUUUAUAUAAUAACACCCCAUUCUAGUACAUACCAUUUAAGGAAUAUGAAGAAAGUACAGUAUACCGCUGUAGUAUGAGGGGCCAUUUGGGUCAUUCCAAAAAAGUAUUUUAAGUACCUCAUCCAAGUUUUUGGUUGACUGACAUGUUAAUUUAUGCUUGAUACUGUUGGUUGUUUCAGUGUUUUGAAGUUGACUAAAAAAUAAUUAUUGCUGAGUUCACCAGGUGCAAGCCUAGUACCACUUUGAUCAUAAUUACAUGCCCAGGGCAUUGGGUCAAAUCUAUUUCUCUGGCAUUGAUCUAUGUAUAGAUUUGUAUAAACUUAACCUAUAUUGCAUGUAUUAGUUUCUGAAUACAAUUUUGACUUUGAAAUAAAAGAAUUGAGGUAGCUCCAGAUUUCCUCCAAACUCCAUUGGAGUAAUUAUUGCAUGAGUUUGUCAUAUCAAACUACCCCGGUGUCUUGUGUGCUAUAAUGACAUUUUUCAAUGGUAUGUCUAAAACUCUGCCCACACUGUCAAAUUGUAUGUGACAAAUCUAUGUAAUGUGCCCAUAUAUGGGCAUAAUGAUGCCAUAAUGUUAAUAUGAGCAUAUCAUUUUUUUGUUGCAUGAAAUUUAAAUGCGGACAGAGAUUUAACAUAUAAUAAUUUCUAUCACUUUAGUGGUUUUUAGUGAUAGAACAAGUUCUUGUAGGUAUUUAGAGUUUUCCUAUGAAUGGUGAUCAUUUCAUAUAACAUUAAUGAGUACCCAUUUUUCAUAUAUUGUUGCUCUAUCUUUUUUCGUGAGUGCCCUGUUUUGCUCUAUGUGUUGCUUCAAGAGCAAAUGAUGGACCAAAGCCUUGAAUGGUCUUCCGUUUGUUACAAAUUUUGAUUAAGUGUUGGUGCUAAAACCGUUUCAUAUCACACUAUACUGUAAUUUUAUGCUUGUAAAUUUGUCUUAAACUAUUUUUUUAAAUUCAUUCCCAGUGGUUUCAAUGAUAGAACUAGAGUGGCUAUUGUCACACCAGUCUGAAACAGAUGUUUAAUUCUGCUUGGAUUAGGACUAUAAUAUCCAAUAAUAGUUAAGAAUUCCUUUAAGACUGGUGUAACAUUUGCCAUUGGCUUACGAAAUUUGUUUUUAUGAGAAAAAUCAUUACUAACCAUUAAAUUCUCUUACAGAAGUGUUAUAGCCUAUUCAAAUAGUAAUGUAGUAAAAUUAAAAGUGUUUAUUUUGUUAUCAGUGCUAAUAUUUUUUAACCAAAAAUGUAUGUUUUGUUUAUGCCUUCAAACGUUAAUUCUUAUUGUUAGUAAUACAUGGGGAUAUGAGUUACACGCAGACGUGAUGGUUUGCGGUGGGGCAGUCUUGUCAAAGAAUAUUAAAUAUGUUAAUUUCUCACGACAGCCUAAGACCGUCCCCGACGAUAAAUCGCAUUGAGCUGUGUCGUACGACACUGUCUGAAUUGGCCUUUAUACAAGCAACUUAGCCUUUGUCUGCUUUUUUCUACUAGAUAUGCUUACGUACUUCUAAGGAGUUUCAGUAGUCCACCAAUACAUUUACCAAUUGUGCAUUUUGUAAAACGUACAGUAUAAUUAUAUAGAUGAGUAAUAAACUUUGGCUUUAUAUAA